UCCCUGACAACAGCAGCGAUGGCGGAGCCCGUAGCAUCGGAUGCAGCAGCAUCCCCGAGCCCGGGCCUCUCUCCCGCAGCCAGCCCGGUCUCCGAGCCUCCUUCCCUGGCUCUCUCCCCUACGGCGGACGGCUCCCAGCGGCUGCUCUUCUCCCACGACCUGGUCUCCGGGCGGUACCGCGGCUCAGUCCGGUUCGGCCUCGUACGGAUGAUCCAUGGCGAAGAGGAAUUUAACUCCGACUCGGACCUCGACGACGGGGUAGGGACACGCGGCGACGGAGGUGGAGGAGGAGGACGAGCCCCAGGUGGUUCGGACACUGAGAGCGCAGUGGACUCCCCGAGUGAGCCGCUCGGCAGGGGCUUCGUCCGCGUCCAGUGGUACCCCGAGGGAGGCAAGCAGGACAUCAGGGAGACAAAGCUGAAGCUUGAAGAUCGAUCUAUUGUCAUCAGAGAUAUUGUACGACGGAACCAUUCCAAUGACAACCAGUGUGGUAUUGUGACCAACAUUAACAUCGAGUGUGCAGUGAAACUAGUGGGAACAAAUUGUGUUCUGUAUCCAGUUAACAGCAAAGACCUGCAGCACAUCUGGUCUUUCAUGUAUGGCGACUACAUUGCCUAUGACUUCUGGCUGGGGAAAGUGUACGACCUGACUAAUCACAUCAUCCUCAAGCUCUCCAAUGGAGCCAGGUGCUCCAUGAGUGUGGAGGACGGUGCCAAGCUUUACGACGUCUGUCCACAUGUCAGUGAUUCGGGUCUGUUCUUCGAUGAGGCGUAUGGUUUCUAUCCAGGCCAGGUCCUCAUCGGUCCGGCUAAAGUCUUCUCUAAUGUACAGUGGCUGUCAGGGGUCAAACCUGUCCUCAGCAGGAAGUGCAAGUUCAGGGUGGUGGUAGAAGAGGUAAAGGUGGUAGAACUGAAGGUCACGUGGAUCACCAAGAGCUACUCCCCCAAAGGCUCUGACAGCGUCUAUCCACCUCCCUCCGCCAUCACACAGGAGAAUCUCUGCAGGGUGAGACGUCUGGGCUACUACGACCACACCCAGAGGCAGCUGGGAGAGAGGGCCCUCUAUGUCUUUCCCGCCAAGGGGGACGCCACACGCAUCACCUGUGAGGGACCCGAGGGUGCCCCUGUCCUGCCUGAAGACCCUGUGGCCAGAAAGCUGAAAAGGAUGUUCAAAAAGGAUUCAGGAAAGAAGACGGAGAACGCCGACACACAAGCUGAACACAAAUCAGAGCAGACAGACUCGUCUCACCCAAACAACAACAACGGUCCUGUGGUGUCCAUCCCAAACCCCCCAGACUCCCAAAACACUGACACCCCAGCUGAGCAUGGGGAACAGGACGCCGAUGACGAGGCUGCAGAGGACACUGACGACACCAGCUCUUUGACGUCGUCUGCGAGCUCCACGGCUUCGUCUGCGAGCGGCGGGCUGGGAACACAUCGAAAGAAGAGCAUCCCCCUCUCCAUUCGCAACCUGAAGAGGAAGCACAAGAAGAAGAGAACCAAGUUCUCCCGGGAGUUCAAGCCUGGAGACCGGGUCGCAGUAGAAGUUGUAUCCUCUAAAACCACAGCUGAUGUGAUGUGGAAGGACGGGCGGGUGGAGAAGGGGAUCCGAUCAAACGACCUCAUCCCAAUCCAGCACCUCGACGGCCAUGAGUUUUGUCCCGGGGACUUUGUCGUAGACAAACGAUCCCAAGCCCUCCAGGACCCGGGAGUGUACGGUGUGAUCCAGUCGGGUGAUCACAGGGGGAGAACGUGUGUCGUCAAGUGGAUCAAACUCAAUUCCACGAGUGACGACGUGGAGGUUAUCGGAUUGGAGGAGGAUGUCAGUGUGUACGAUAUCGCUGAUCACCCAGAUUUUCACUUCCGCACCACGGACAUCGUCAUCAGAAUAUGGAACUCAGAGAAUGGAGAGAACGACUGUGAAAAUGAAACGUCAGUGGGCCAGGUGUCCAGGGUGGAUGUGAGCAGCAAAGUGGAGGUGGUGUGGGCAGACAACUCACUGACCAUCGUCCUGCCACAGCACCUUUACAAUGUGGAGUCUGAGAUCGAAGAGACGGACUACGACUCCGUGGAGGAAACCAGCAGCGUCCUGUCCACUGAGGAGUGGGAGGACGAGAGCGACAGCUGGGAGACGGAUAACGGACUCACCACCGAGGAUGAUAGCCACAUCCACAAUGCCGAUGCGACCCCAAUCCCAACGCCCACUGGCUCCACAAACUUCAUCAUCCCCCCACAGGAGGGCAGCGUCGGAGAAGAGGGAGAAGUGGCUGUGGCCAGUCCUUCUUCUGUAGGAGGAACAACUCCAGCAGGCACUGUCAACGGAGCAGAGAAGCCCAGUAAAGAUGGAGGCUCUCGGGGCUUCAGGGAGUUGAAGGAAGCCAUGAGAAUCCUGGAGAGCCUGAAGAACAUGACCGUGGAGCAGCUGUUGACCCCCGGCUCGCCAACGUCUCCGACCUCAGCCGAACCGGCCUCCACCACUAACGUAGCGAGUACAGUGACACCCACUGCCCCGGAGAAGCCCACCAAGGAGAAACGAUUCCUGGAUGACAUCAAGAAGCUGCAGGAGAACCUGAGAAAGACUCUUGAUAACGUGGCCAUCGUGGAGGAGGAGAAGAUGAAGGCUGUGGUGGAGGCAGGCGGGAGUGGAGGAGCAGGCACAGAGGUGGAGAGAGCUGGAGAGGAGAAGGCCCCACAGGAGCCUCAGACACCGGUUGGUGGACAAGACUGGCCCAGCGAGUUCCUCAGUGACACACCAGUACUGUGCCAACAGAGCGGCGGCAAGCCCGGCGUCACAUUCACCAGUGCCAAGGGAGAGGUGUUCUCUGUGCUGGAGUGGGCACCAGACACUCACUCCUUCGAGAAAAUGGAGUUUCAACCGGCCGAGGCCAGGAAGUUCUUCAGCACAGUGAGGAAGGAAAUGGCUCUGCUCGCAACGUCACUACCAGACGGCAUCAUGGUCAAAACAUUUGAAGAUCGCAUGGACCUUCUCUCCGCUCUGAUCAAAGGACCCACUCGUACGCCCUAUGAGGACGGUCUGUUCCUCUUUGACAUCCAGCUGCCCAACAUCUACCCAGCUGUGCCACCGCUGUUUCGCUACCUGUCGCACUGCAGCGGCCGCCUCAAUCCCAACCUCUACGACAACGGCAAAGUCUGUGUCAGUCUACUCGGCACCUGGAUCGGCAAGGGCACAGAGAGGUGGACCAGUAAGUCAAGUCUGCUGCAAGUCCUCAUCUCCAUACAAGGCCUCAUCCUGGUGAAUGAGCCUUACUAUAACGAGGCUGGCUUCGACAGUGACCGAGGUCUUCAGGAAGGGUAUGAGAACAGCCGCUGUUACAAUGAGAUGGCCCUGAUCAAGAUGGUCCAGUCUAUGAUGCAACUUCUGCAGCAUCCUGUGGAGGUUUUCAAACAGGAAAUCCAGGAGCACUUUGUCAGUAACGGCUGGCGCCUCGUCCACCGUCUGGAGACGUGGCUCGAGCUGAGCGACGCCACCGAGAGGGGCCAUGCAGCACACGUGUCCUACAGGGCCUCACAUUCUAAAGACCGACCGCCAUCAGUGGAGCCUCUUGACGAGCCCCUGGUGGUGGCCCACAGCAGCCCCAGUAAGCCUGGUGAGGAGGGGAUUGCAGGAGGAGGAGUUACCAGUAUUAUGGAGGAGGAGCUGGAGGAUUCAGGGCUCAGUCCCUCCACCACAGCAGCCUCUCAGCAAGAGCUGAGCCAGAUCUCAGACUGUGACAGCAGCCAGGGUAACGCCUCUCUGUGUGGCGAGAGCAGGGCCCCCCCCACAGGUCCUGGCCCUGUCCGUGGUGGGUCAUCCGAACCAGGUUCUAUCACGGUUAGCGGAGGAGGGGUAAUCUCCACAGUAAGCCAGCCAGUGGUAAGACCAAAGAAAAGGAGAAAGAGCUACCGGAGUUUCCUCCCAGAAGGCACCGGAUACCCGGACAUCGGCUUUCCACUCUUCCCGCUCUCUAAGGGGUUUGUGAAGAGCGUCCGAGGUGUGCUGCUGCAGUACCGAGCUGCGAUGGUCGCUGCCGGUAUCCCUGAGCACACAGAGGACAAUAUCCCUGCCGAUGAGUGGAUUGGAUAAAGAUGAGUCAAGCUCCCCUCUCUCAUAGAAACCAUCAUCUUUGCAUGGACGCAGGUAAAAACACAGAGCUUUUAUUGGAGGCGAUCUGAGUUUCUGUCGGCCUCAGCAGGACAUUGACUUCAGCGGUGUGGAUGCAAAAUGGACUAAAUGAGAUGGAAUAUCAGUGCCAUGAACCCCCUACCACCCCCCUCCUUCACCAAGCCUCUGCCAAGCACCCACCAUAUGGGCGGGGACUUGAUGGAUAACCACUCAGCCUGGGAAAUAUUAAGCAGACUGGGGAUCGGCUGGGUUGCACUCACUGCGGCUCUCUGUAGCACUUCUGAUGUUAUUACUGAACCAUCCUGCACUACAACCAACAAAUGGACAAUCUGGUGUGCAAGAGGUGAUGUAUAAAUACACUGAACGAGAGGGUUCCUUUUUUUUUUGUAGAAUUCACUAGUUGUACGCUUUCUGCCAAAUUUCUGUACACACACAAACACACAUAUUCAAGUAGAACGUACUGAAUGUCAGUAAAACUGCCAACCACAACAGCUUCACCACUUCGUCCACCACGCUCGCUGGUACUUUCCUUCGCCAAUAACUCGCACAGAAGCACGCGGCGAACAUCGAGUGACAAAGUUUACACACGAUCCCCUCCGGAGGUCAGACUGCUGCAGCUGAGUGGUGUGUAGAGGAGCCAGCCAGGUGCAGGGCGACAGGGAAGUGGCUGCAUGUCAACGUGUUUGUGCUCUAAUUCAAGCUUAGAGGAGAAUCCUGGUAUCUUUCAACCUGAGCCUGAUAUUUAUAAGUGUGGGUGUAAAUGAGUGGUACUUGCAGAACCGACAGAUUUUAGAAUCAGUUCUUUAGAUCGCCAGCUGCCACGUCACAGCGACACUGGCUAUAAUGUAAUCUCAGCUGCGACAUUUCCUAAAAUGUUCACUAAUUUUCUUUUUCCACUAAUAAAGGGGGUUUAGCUAAGAGUGUGGUAACCUUAUACAUGUAAACCGUGAGGCAGCUCAUUGCCCCCCCUCUUCAUGUUGCCUGUCCCCGCCCCCAUUCGCUCUUCAAUUAGCAGGAGCUCUCUGUCCAUGUUCUCCGGCUCAAACAAGUAGAGAAGACCAUGGGACAAAGGCUUCAUGGAGAUAGUGCGCAUCAGACAAAGAUUUUGUGAUAAUAGUUUCUCUCUGUAAGUUUCCACCUCUGUCUUCCUGCAACAACCCAAGUGUCACGUGACUUGGAGUGAGACUCAGCGGGGGGGACGAGCUGCUGCAUGUUUGUGAGUGAGACGUCUCAUUGAGUGAGAUGUGUGUAACGAUACCAGACUCCUGCUACAAUAACAAUUUUAGCCUUUUUAUUGAUUGAAAAAAAAAAAAAAAGAGCAAAGUGGACAUUUAUUGGAUUGUUGCAUUUGCUCCAUAAGGUUCUGUUGUAGCCACUGUUGGAUACACACAUGUAUAAACAGCCCAGGUUGGAAAAUCCCAAAAUUCCCCUUAAACUCAGCUGCCGCCUCAACAUACAACAGGAACAUUUACUUCCUCUAGAGUUAGGCGAAAGCUGUUCCCUAAGAUGGAAUCUGUUCUUUGGUGUUUCGAUAUGUUCAAGGUCGUUACACUCACAGAGGCUGGACUGUUUCAAAGUGGAGCUUUACCCAUGAUGCUCCUCUUCUUUGUGUCAAAGGUGACAUCGCUGCAAAUGAAGCAAUUUAUAAAUAAUUAUAAAAUAAAAGUAAAAAAUUCCAAAAAAAAAAAACCCAUUCCGCGUCCAUUCCGUCAUCUCAUGUCAACAUGUUGCCUUUCUUGAAAUGUUCUGAAUGAGAUCAGACCAUUGUGUACAGAGCUGCUUGUGUCAUAGUUUAGGCAUUAACCUGCACAGACAGAACCACAUGGUAAAAACCACUAAAACCCUGCUCCAGUGUUUUCCUCCUUUUAAAAGUGCAGAUCUGUUUCCCACUUUUAUCAGUUCUUUAACACGAGCGCUCUAUUCCGAUGUUCCUCUUCUUUUUGCACGUGCAGAGUUUAAUGACAUCAGGAUACAGAGUGUGACAUACAUACAGUGUGAUUCUGAGGGUUUGUUCAUAAUUAACCUGAUUGAUUUUUUGCUGUUAUUGUUGGAAAACGACAAUUUCAUCGCGAAGGCCAAAGGAGAGCAUUGAGCUUCUGAGUGAGUGGGCACACUGUGCUGAUCUGAAGCUGGGAGUGAUGGGAGAGGAUGGAAACUGAGCCAAGAGAUGCUGUGUUGAACAAAUACAAAUAAAAGAGGGGUUAAUUGUUUUGCUUUGUCUUCCAUGAAUUGUUUCUCCUUUCCUCUCUGAACAUUGGUGUUCCCGUAUUGGAUGAGGUUAUCGGGCAUCCAUGACAUUUUGUCCUCUUCCAAGAUUUUACCAAACCAUCCCUGUUUCUCCGCUGCCUUUAACGCUACAGAGGGAGAAUGUGCUGCCGUCCUUAUUGGCUGCUGUAGCUGUAGCAUGUAGCCUUGUUGGCUUUAUUCAGUUUUGUUCUCCCGACACAAACGCUGCUGUUUGUAAAAACGUCCCCUUCACAUUUCUCAGAGGAAGGUGUUGUCACUGGUCAGAUCUCGGCUAGAAAGUAAGAGCCGCAUUGACGGCGUCCUAAAGAAACAAACCCACUCUGCUCCUCCAGGAAUGUGGAGGAGAACUGCUCCGUCUUUCACUCGUUCAUUUCAUUCAACUUUCACACAAAUGGAAAAAUGUCGAGCUAUUGCGCGAGAUCUCAUAAAGCAAAACUCCGACAAGAUAUCAAGCACAUGAUGCUAUGUACAAUUUUCUGUAUGUGUGUAUAUUAUUCAGAAUUAAACUAUUAUUAAUAUUAUCAUUAUUAUUGCGAGAAGUUUGUUUUACAGCCAAAGCAUGUAACAUGUUGCUUUAAGCCUUUUGAAUGAACUACACACAUGACUUGACUGUACGAUGUCUACAUUUCCACAGUGGCCUGUUCUUGAUAUAUAUAGAAAAAAAGAUUUGUAGCCUGAUUCCCUGUGUACAGACGUCAUGAUUAUAUUGAAAUAUAUAAAUACAUACAGUAUAUAUAUUUAACACAAACUUGAGUUAUAACAAGUCACGUGGAUGCUUGGGGCAUAUAUGUACAAAAUGCUGAGUGUGUAUUGUACCUAUGAUUUCUUUCCUUUUUUUUUAAUGGUUUCAUUUUGUUGAGCUCAAACAACUGUAGAGUGAUGUAUUAAAACUUUUCAAGCAGCA